CGAGGGCGCCUCUCCGCCGCCGCGGGAUGUCUCGGCCGGGCAUCGGCGUCUUGCUGGCGCUCGCCUCCCUCAGGCAGGCUCUAGAUGUUGCACUCAUGGGCAUACAGGAUGUGGUCUCUCAGAGAAGGCAUUUGUUAUGUUUCUUUGUGUGCGGUGGUGUGCUUAGAGGCAUUGGCAGAGGAUUUCUGCAGCCACCACGGAACGUCACUCUUGUGUUGAAGGAUUUUGAACUGUUCUUGAUGUGGCUGCCAGCAGACGGAUACCCUCCCCAGGUCUCCUACACUGUCCAAUGGAUAGACCCAUACGAUGCUCAGUGGAAUGAUGUCUCGCAUUGCAGAGACAUCCUUGAGAGCACCUGCAACUUAACCUGUGUUUCUCCAGAGCAGAACAACCGGCACUGGGUCCGGGUGAAAGCUCAGACAAGGACCAGUGAUGGAAACGUCUCAUCUGCAUGGGUGCAGCUGGACAAAGGCAUUGAAUAUGCUGUUGAUGUGGAACUUGCGCCGCCACGUCUACAAGUAGAAAGAAAAAAAACCAGUCUUCUGGUCAACACUACUUUCUCCUACCCAUCCUGUGUGAAGGACAUUUUCCAGCAUCUGGCCUAUGACUUGGAGUUCUGGGCAACUGGAACAGAGGACAUCAUGCCAUACAGAAAUAUGAUGAUGGACCAGGCAAUCGACAUCAACAUUACGCAGCUGAGCAGUGGCAAUUACUGCCUCCGUGCGCGAGGUUUCUUCCCCACGAGCAAGAAAUGGAGCAGCUUCUCCAAGCCCAGCUGCCUGCUGCUGCAUGAGAAAGGGGAAAACUGGAAGUGGGUGGCCCUGCCAUUGCUGCUCAUGUUAUCUGCUGGUGCCUUGGUCGUCUUCUUGUGUUACAAGAACAGGUUUACUCAAAUCAAGAUGCCUGAAGUCUUGGAUUUUCCUGGGCACAGGAGUCCAAAUAAGCUGCUGGAAUUCAGCCAGAGGGAAUUGAUCCAGGUGGAUGACCUCACAUGCACUGCUGUGCCUUUCGUAUCAGGAAGGAGGACCAGGCCUGGCCCCCAAAUAUACUCGACCUUCUCUCCUUCACUGUUGGAAGAAGAUGAGGGUGAAGAUGAAGAUGAGGAUGAAGAUGAGGAUGACAGUGGGAAUCACAUACCUUACACUGAAGUGCGUCAGUUCCAGAGGAAACACACACACUGCCAAGUGACGGACACAGGGCAGAAAACAGCAGACUUGUCUUCCCAAGCUGGAAGCUUUCUGCCAAAUGAAGGGUGUUGGCCAGAUUUAAUGGUGCCAGGGUCAUUGAUUUUGGCAGAGGAAGAUAUUUCUGGACUUCCAGAGAGUAGGAGGACAUCAUUUUCUGAGAAUUCUUUGGUGGAAGAAUUCCUCAGGUUUCCAACCAGUGCUCCAGCUGCUGGAGAAGGACAGCAAAAUGGGAACUGGGAUAUAGACUUCUCACUCCAGUGGCCCAUCCAAAUGGAACGACCUGACUGUAUCUUUCUCAGCAGGAUGCAGCCUGUGGCUGCAGGAGGCUCUCCUGAAGCCAUUCCUGAAAUACUAGAUGGCUCAGAGGUAACUCCGUUUUGGAUACUAGGCAAGCAGGAUGCCUGUGAGUUCCUUCUCGAGAGAGGAUUUGAAAAUGACUCUAGCAGUUGUGGAGGAGAUACAGUAGAACACUCUCUUUUCAAUGCCUCUCUUGAGGGCUUGGAAGAGGGGGUCCCGGGAGGAAGCAGAGACUUGGAACUAGGCAGUGGUCCAGAACCUGUAUUCGAUGAAUACCUGCCUCGGCACACUAAUUACAUUUCAAGAAUCCCGCUUCAGUGACUGCCAUCCUCCUAAAAGCGAUGAGAAUGACCACAGGGGGUUCGAAGCCUUGCCAAGAUCAAGUUUGUGAGUUUUGCACUAAAACAUCCCAGGAAAGCCCAGAGAGGGAAUGGAAAAUUCUAUAUUCAUAGUAAAAGAUUCUAGUUAGACUUUUAAAAACAUAUUUUCACUCAGAGUGAUUGGUACUAAAAGGUGGAUUGUAUUUCCUGUUUCCCACAUUUUACCACCGCACCUCAAAGCAUUCUUUUGUGAAAGAGCUGUGUAGAAAAUGCACAAUUGAGCCAUGGUUUCUAUUUCUUCUGAUUAACAUUUUAUUCCAAAUA